AUGAAUCAAAGUACAACAGGAACUACUCCUCAUGGAUUAACUUUUUCAGGAGCGUUUACAUUUGGUGAAUCAUAAAGAUUACCAUGGGUUAAAAAAGAUGAUAUAAUUGCUAAUAAAAUUGAAGUUGAAGGAUGCAAAAAAUUUGAUGAUUAACUUAGAAGGACUGAAUCUAGAAUAUCUAGUAAAAUAUCAAGAAGAAAAUCUAAUCUUCCAUAAGAUGAAAAAUUGAAACCUGUAAAAGCACCUAAUCCACCUGUUGGAGCUUACAAUAUUCAUAAUGUUUAAGUUAUUGAUGAAGAAUAACUUAAAGAUCUUUUAGAGAAAAAUUAAACAAAAGAAUAACAAGAGAAAAUCAAGUAAAUGUAUACUAUUUAAACAUCAAUGGGUAAAAGAUUAUCUGGAGGUGAAUUAGAUCUUCAUUAAACUUGGGCAAUUCAUAAACCUGAAGUUGUCAAAGAACAUCCAAUAGGGUAUUAAAUACAAUAUUAAAUAUUCUAGUCCUGGUUCAUAUAAUCCAUCUUUAUCAAAUCAACAUUCAUAGCCAGUUUUUGGAUUUGGUUACAAAUAAGAAACUAAAUGGGCAAAAGAAGGGCCAUCACCAGAUUAAUACUAUAAUUCUGAAACUUUUAGCUAAUUUAAAACUGCCACAAGUUGGGCUACAAAUAAAGUAAAGAAAACUGGAUUUGGAACUGCAAAAAAAUUAUAAUUACCAAAAUCAAUUGAUGUUGGACCUGGAGAUUAUAGAGAAGUGUCUUAAGAAUUAGCACCAAAAUAUUCUAUUCCAAAAGCAGAAAGAGAAUUACCUUCUCAUAAAAUUGUUCCUAGUCCUGAUACAUAUUCUCCAGCUAUGAACUAAUUUAAAAAAGCUUUUAGUUUUGGUCAUAAAUAUAUUCCUAUUUUGACUACUGAUUAUUUUGAUCCUGGUCCAGGAGGUAUCCUUAUCAAUCUAAAAUAGCUCACGAUCCUAAACUUCCUCAUCCUUCCACUGCCAAAGAAAUCAAAAUGCUAAAAGAAAAUAGAUCAUAACUUGUUACAAAAGAAUCAUAAUUGAAACCAGGACCUGGAACUCAUGAUCCUUAAAUGCCUCCCACUCGAAUUUCACAUAGUAAAUCCUAAUUAUCUAUGGGAACUGGUGAAAGAUACAAUCCUAAUACUGAAUUUCGACUUUCAAGAGACAGAAUACCUUCUCCAGGAAAAUAUGAUAUCAAUUCAAGUUUAUAAGGUCCUAAUUAUUCAAUUAGGCUUAAAUAUGAAUAAAGAAAUCAUAAUAAUACACCAGGGCCAGGAUAAUAUGAUCCAGAUUCUCAACUUGUUUAAGAUUCUUUUACUAAGCCUCUUGAACAUUAUACUAAAGCCUAAACAGCACAUGCUAGUCUAACAAAAGGCAAUAGAUCUGAUCCAGUACUUUCGAAAUUUAAAAAUAUUGGACCUGGAAGCUAUUCAUUACCAUUUAAUACAGGUUCUAGAUCAAGGUUAAAUUUUGUAUUACUCUUAGUCUCGGAAAAGCAGCUAGAUUUCCUCCAAAAGAAAAAGAAGAGAUAGGUCCAGGAUCCUAUUAUAUUACAGGAACUAUUGGAAUAAUACCAAAAUAUCAUUUUGAUAAAAAUAGAGAUAAAAUGCAGUCUUCAUUUUCUUAAUUUGAUAAAAUUAAUAGAUGAUU